CGGCCGCGCAGCGCCCCCGGCCCGGCCCCGCAGCAUGCUGCGAUCCACCGGCUACUUCCGCGGCAUCGACUGCCCCUUCCUCAGCGCCGGGGGGCCGGGCGGGGGGCCCUGCCGCCGGCCCUACUGCCACUUCCGCCACCCCCCGGCGGCGGCGGCCCGGUGCGGAGCCUCCGGCGGCCCCGGCGCGGGGGCCGCGCUCGGCCAUGGCGCAGAGCGAGGCUAUGACCCCUACAACCCUGAGCUCCCGAGGCCCUCGCUGGAGGAGGAGGAGGAGGAGGAGGAGGAGAGUGCCCUGCCUGACGUCACUGAUGUCACCCCUGGCAUUCUGGAGCUGGAGCUGGUCAACAAAGCCAUCGAGGCUGUCAAAAACGAGGUCGAGAGGGAGCAGAAGAAGUAUGAGGAGCUGCUGGAAACCACGAAGGAGCUGGGUGCCUCCCAGGCCUCUGCGCUCAUCUCGGGCGCAGCCGUGGCAGCAGCUGGCAUGCAGGGCGACUCCUUCCCCUCCUUGGAGUACAACCUGGGCAGCUACAGCUUCACCAACAGCUCAGACUACAACCCCACACCCCUCGCUGCUGCUGGCUGCUCCAGCAAGUACACCCUGGAGGCUUCCCGCUCCAAGGGCAGCGCCCUGGAGUACAUCCCCAAGGCCGUGGUGCAGAGCAGGAGGUACAGCAGCACUGUCACCAACACCAAGUACGUGAUCGAUGACUCCAAGCCUUCUACAGACCUGGAGUAUGAUCCACUCUCCAACUACUCAGCCAGGCUCUUGAGCAAAGGCACCGGGAGGGAGCCAAAGGGGGCUAAGAGGGGCAGGGCUGCCAGCUACGAGGAGUCCUACUCCCCGACGCGGAAGAGGCUCUGUGAGCUCCCCGACGAUGAUGAUGAGGUGUGUGCCAGGUUCUCCUCCUCUGAAGAUGAAGCUGAUGUGGACUACAAAUCGACUUCUGUCAGUUCACAAUCCAAAGGUGACUCUGAGAGCGAGUCCAGCGAGGGCUUCGCCACCAGGGAGCAGAGCUGCAGGAGCGGGGACGGCAAGGAAGCGGCAGCGGCGCAGGGCAGUGCAGACCUUCCGGGGGCACAGAAGAGCCUGCCCAAGAGUGUGGCAGACAAGAAUGCGAAAGCAGUGAAGUUGUCCUCUGGAAAGAAGGAGCAGGAGAGUGAAAAUAAAAGCAGAGAGUCCAAAGACAAAGCGAAAAAGAAGACCUCAGAUGUCAGUAAGUCUCCUGGCGCCGGCGAGGCUGGGGGGAAGGAGAGAAGUAAGAGUGCAGAGAAGGUCAAAGUGCUGAGGAAAGAGGAAAAAACAAAAGGCAGGAACGAAGAGAAAAGCUGCAGAGAAAAAGGUGUCAAAGGGAAGGCCGAGGGGCCCAGCAAAAAGCCUGACAGGCAGAGGGCAGAGAGAGGGGAAGGGCUUAAGAAGGACAAAGACAAGUCCAAGACCUCCGGCAGCAGUUCAGGGAAGAGCAAGAGCGAGAGCGGCAGCAGAGGCUCCAGCGCAGAGAAGCUGGGGAGCAGCAAGAAGGACUCCAAGCUGAGAACAGCUGAUGUGAAGAAUGGGAAGGAAAGCUCUGGGCAGAGAGGCAAAGAGAAAGGGACCAAGGCUGCAGCAGGGGAGCAGAGGAGGGAGAAGGGCAAGGCUGCAGACAAGGGGGACCCCAAGAAGGGGCGGAAGCAAAGGAGCCUGAGCCACGCUGACCUGUUUGGAGAUGAGAGUGGAGAUGAGGAUGACAAAGGCCAACCUGUGGCAGCCACCUUGCCUGAGGUCAGCUCAGACUCGGGUGGGGCUGGCUCUGGGUCAGACUCUGAGAGUGACAGUGGAGGGGCCAGGAAAGUGAAGCGCUCUAAGCUGUCCAAGUCGCCCUCAUCCUCCUCAUCCGAUGACAUUGACUACUCGGUCCUGGAGAAGGACCUGGACUUGGAGUCAGACCCCAUGGAGGAGUGUCUCAGGAUUUUCAACGAGUCUACAGAUGUGAAAACUGAAGACAAAGGCAGGCUGGGCAAGCAGCUCUCGAGAGAGGAGGGCAGUGAGGAGAAGGCAGAGGACAGCCUGACCACCCUGUUCCCCGGCCAGAAGAGGAGGAUCUCUCAUCUGGUCAAACAGGGCACUGCAGAGGCCCCCAGCAAGCCUGUGGUCCGUCCCUACCGCCCGCCCAGCGCCCAGGAGGUUUGCUACCAGAGGAUGCAGCUGGCACAGCAGCAGGCGGCACAGCUGGCACAGGCCGUGCAGAAGGCCUCCCUCUCCUUGCCAGGAGAAAAGAAGAGGAUUGCCCACGUGCCAAAUGCAGCCUUCUCUGCAGCAGCCAGGCAAAGCCUCGCGAACAGCAGGACAGCUGCUGGCAAGAGCCUGCCGCCUGCCCACGACUCUGAGUCCCCCUCCCUCCCUCUGAAGGCUUGCACCUUAGCUGGGAUGGCUUCAAAGACCACCAGCACCGUCGUGCCAAAAAGGGUGGCACAUGUCCCCUCCCUGCAGAGCACCACCUUACAGAGGCCUGUUAUCCCCACAGAGUUUGGUGCUAAAGUCCCCACCAACAUUCGCCAGAGAUAUCUCAACCUCUUCAUCGAUGAGUGCCUCAAGUUCUGCUCCUCCUCCCAGGAAGCCUUUGACAAGGCCCUGGCGGAGGAGAAGGCUGCCUACGAGCGCAGCUCCAGCCGCAGCAUCUACCUGAACGUGGCGGUGAACACCCUGAAGAAGCUGCGCGGGCUCGCGCCCAGCUCCCCUGCCAGCGCAGCCAAGACAAGUAACAAGAAGGUGGUGUCCCACGAGGCUGUGCUGGGUGGGAGGCUGGCAGCUAAGACCAGCUUCACCCUGAACCGCUCCGGGAGCUUGAGGGCAGAGGAUCUGACAGGAGCUGCCCUGUACCGCCGGCUCAGGAGCUACCUGCUGAGCGAGGAGCAGCUGAAGGAGAACGGCUACCCCCUGCCGCACCCCGACCGGCCCGGCCGGGCGCUGCUCUUCACGGCCGAGGAGAAGAAGACGACUGACUCCUCCUGCAGGAUCUGCUGCCGCUGCGGCACCGAGUACAUGGUGACAGCCUCGGGCAGCUGCCUGCGCAGGGAGGAGUGCGUCCACCACUGGGGCAGGCUGCGCAAGCAGAGAGUGCCAGGAGGAUGGGAAACUCACUACAGCUGCUGCUCAGGAGCUGUGGGCUCCCCAGGCUGCCAGGUGGCUAAACAACAUGUCCAUGAUGGGCGCAAGGAGAGCCUGGAUGGCUUUGUGAGGACCUUUGAGAAGCUGCCCACCACUGAGGGCUACCCUGGCAUCUAUGCCUUGGACUGUGAGAUGUGCUACACCAAACAAGGCCUGGAGCUGACCAGAGUGACUGUGAUCAACUCUGAGCUGAAGGUGGUCUACGACACCUUUGUCAAGCCAGACACCAAGGUGGUGGACUACAACACCAGGUUCUCAGGGGUGACAGAAGAGGACCUGGAGAACACAAGCAUCACCCUGAGGGAUGUCCAGGCUGUGCUCCUCAACAUGUUCAGUGCAGACACCAUCUUGAUAGGGCACAGCUUGGAAAGUGACUUAUUUGCACUAAAGCUGAUCCAUGGCACCGUGGUGGACACUGCCAUUGUCUUCCCGCACCGCCUGGGGCUGCCCUACAAGCGGGCCCUGCGCACGCUCAUGGCUGACUACCUCAAGCGCAUCAUCCAGGACAGCGUCGGAGGCCACGACUCGAGCGAGGACGCCAGAGCCUGCAUGGAGCUGAUGGUCUGGAAGAUCAAAGAGGACUCGAAGGUGAAACGAUGACCUGGGCCUGCUCCCUCCGUUCCUCUCCACCUCUCGAAGCAGUGCAAUAAAGCUCCGAGGCAGCCGCAGGCUCCCCCAGCCCUCCGCGGCGCUGCAGGAGGCUGCAGCUGCUCCGCCAGCAGCUCCCGCUCGCUGCCGCAGCCCCCGGGCCGGGCGGUGGCUCUCAGCCCCUGCUGGCUGCGCCCGGGGGCCUCUGAGGUACAGCAGCCCCCCGGGGGCAGGGCACCGCGGCCUGGAGUGGUACAACCGGAAAGGAAUUCUUGGUCCCUCGGAGGAGCUGUUGGCCGAGGUGGAUGCCUGCAGAGGGAUCUGCUGCUGGUCCAGGCUGGUCUUUGUCCUGUUUGCUUCCCGAUGUAGCUGCUGCUGCCUCUGCUUCAGCACUGGGGCAGCCCCAGGCCUGGAGGUUGGGGGCUGGAGGAAGGCUGGGCAGGAACUGGGCAGCUGAGCCCUGCUGUUGUGUGCAGAGCAAGCAAGGGGCGGUGAGGGCUGAGGAUCAGAGCAGCAGGAGGAUCCCAGUGAGGUCCCACGGUGAGGAGGCUGCAGGAGAGGGAGGCUGCAGGGAGGCUGUGAGCAGCUGGAGAGGAGUGAGGGUGGGACAGGGACUGUGACUUGCUGCAGCCUCACAUUGCUCUGGGGGCUGCAGACUUGUCCCAGCCCCUGGGAGGCCAGGCUGGGGUCCCAGGGCCAUGCAGCACCUGGCAGCCUCCCUGGCAAGGAUCCUGCUGGGGAGGACAAUGCUGGGAACUGAGUGCCCCUGCCCUGCCCCCAUCUGCCAGCACAGCCCCAGGGAGCUGGGCCCCGGGAUCAAGGUCUUUGGAGGGACCUGAGUGCCACUAAGGCUGCACCCAAGGAUGCCCUGAGCAGUCUGCAGCACUCCCCAGCAGGCUGUGCCCCAGAGCAGGGACUUGCUGCAGGCAGGAGAAGGAGGUGCAAGUGACUCUCUUGGGGAGCAGCAGACCUCUCCCUGCCCAUCUGUCCCCUGGGCUGAAGCAGCUGCCCACAAGCUGUCUCUGGCACUGGUGGUAGUGGGGCAGCAGCCCAGGCAGACUGGGCAGCACUGCUGGGCUCUCUGCCCAGGUGCCCAGGCUCUGUGGGUGCUGGGGGAACAACAGAGCAGGUUGAAAUGGGCCCUGCUAGCUGACAGCCAGGUGGCACCAUCAGGGCAGUGAUGCCCUCGCUGCUCCCAGCUGGGACUGGCAGCACUGGCAUGCUGCUGGCCCCAUGUCCCUGGCAUGGGCUGGCAGGGGAGCUGGGUCCAGCUCGUUCCUUUGUACCCUGCUGGCAGUGCUGAGCUUGCUCUGGGGAAGUGCUGCAUGUCCCCUGGGUAUGUCCCCACCAUACCCAGCAGGGUACCUGUGCCACAGGCAGGGUGUCCUGCCUGGGCCCUUCUGCCUGGGCUGGGGCUGCUGGGGCAAGCUCUGGGAGACUCCCCUGUGCCGUUGCUGUCCCCGGAGGUGAGGAUGUGGCUUCCAGUGCCUGGCCUGUGCCAGGCUCUCCCAAAGCCACCAGGCGAAGCAGGGGCUGUAACAGUGCCUGAGCCCUCCUGUGCUUCCCCUGCCUGCAGUGACACAGGCUCCCAGUCUGCUGCCCCAGCACUCCCCAGGGCACACCAGGUCCGGCUGCCUUCUGCCAGGCUCUGCAGCCACCUCCUGGCCUGCCCUGGGGCUCCCAGGCCACGCAGCCUCAGAACUUGGUGUCCUGUGCCCUCUGCCACUGCCUGCAGGCAUCGGUGCUGGCCCUGCCCAGGCUGUGGGGCAGGUGGGGGAGAGUUGAGUGCUUGCGGCCACGGAGGGAGCUUUGCUCUGCCGCUGCCUCUUCCCCUUGCUCCUGCCCUGUUUGUCUCCCCCCUGGCUGCGGUGAUGGAGGACACCCGGAGCAGCUCAUGGAUCUCCUUAGCUUUCCAGGCCACUCCUGCCCCAGGGCUCCCCAGCACGGGAUGCACCUCCCCAGCUCCUGGCGCUCUGGGCAGCUGCCCUGCGAGGCUGGCACCUUCCUAGCAUGGGGCAGGUGUCCAGCUCAGGGAGCUGCUUGCUUGGCUCGAUCCCAUCACCCAGGCUGGGGCACGAGGCCUGCUGGCAGGGGCCUUGCUCACCUCCCCUCCCUCUCCCUGGGGCUGAGACCCCCUAAAAUGAGGCUUUUGGAGUGGGCUGUGGGGAGGAGGUUGCCCAGCUGGAGGGAUGUUGGUGAGGAAGCCAACCACGUCCACCCACACCACGGGACCCGGGGGCUGCCAUCUCCUGUGCCCCCUGGGUGUGGGAACAGAGGGAGAGCAGAGGCUGGGGCUGGGGGCUGGGGCUGUACAGAACUGUUGUAACCUGUCACUUUUGUAACUGUUUUUAAUAAAAGAGUGUUGAUGAGA